GUAUUAUAUGAAUGUGUUUUGGAUUCGGGAAUUUUUUUCAAAAAAAAAAACAUAUCACGCGUGAAAAAUGUUCAAAAUGAUUUUUGGCCGUAAAUUGAUUCAAUCAAAAUCUUUACAAAUACAUCGAUUAUUUGCUACAUCGAUAUCGAAACGUAUUGAAGAUCGUAAACUAGGUCGUUUAGCAUUGUUACGUAAAGCAAUUGAUGAAAUAUAUCAAAAUCAAAAUCAUAAUAAUCGAAAUUUUGAUUGGAACGAUGCCCGUAAACAGCUGUAUGAACGUCAAAUACAUUUUCCUUCGAAUUUUGAAUUUACAUUACUUUCGGCAUUCGAUGUUAAUAAUGUUCAAUCAUAUGAUGAACAAUAUCAACUUGAUUCGAAUUUAUUUCAUGAGAUAGCCAAUUUUGUUUCAAAAUCAAAAACAUUACAAUCGAAUAAAAUUGCAUCGAUUCGAUUUUGUGUAUUUUUAAGUCAAUAUCCACAAUAUUUAUCCGAACAACAAUUGGAAUUUAUUCGGAAAAUUGCCUUAUCAAUUGCCAAUGAUUCGAUACAAAUCAAACCGGUAAUAAUCGAUAUAGUCACAGCACUUGCACAUUCUUCACCGGAAAAUUGUCGAUUAGCAUGUCAAUUGUUACCGAAAUUCUUAACAUUUCAAAAAUAUGCAUUCAGUUUACGUUUAGAAAUUAUACGGAUUUUAUUUCAAGCUCUUAUCAAUCAUCGAAUGUCCGAAGAAUUGUUACAAUUUUUACAACAAAAUUCACAAAUUAUUGAUAAUAUUGAUCUUACUACAUUUGGACAAUUAAUUUCAUUGAUUGCUAAAACACGUUUAAGUCCACGAAAAUUUUCCAAACAAAAUCUUAUCGAUAUGAUUCGAUGUUUAAGUGAUCUGCAUAUGCCUUUAUUAGCUGAUGAUAUGGUUAUAUUAGUGGAUAAAAUUCUUAAACAAAAACUUGGUUAUAAACAUAUUGAAGAUGUUCAAAUUGAUCGAAUAAAAGGUAUUUGUCCUUGUUGUGGUAAUCAACUUACAGGAUUAAAUAAUGAUGAAUUUUUACAAUUAAAACAACAUUUUAAAUCAAUAAUUUUCGAUUCAAAUGAUCAAUAUAUGAUGGACAAUCUUACCGAAUAUCAUUUACAAUUGAUGGAUUUUGAACAGAAGAUCUUGAUUGACGACCACGAUUCAAAUAAACCACGAUAUGAUUUGAUUGUCGAUGGCCUUAAUAUUAGUUAUAGACGUUCGAAAUCAAUUGUCCAAGAUAAAACUGGUUUACGAACAUUCGCCAAAGUUUAUAAAGUAAAAGAUAUUGAUAAUCAAAUUGUUACAAUAAUGGAACAAAAUUAUUUAAUGUCUAAAUAUAAAAGAAUAUUAUUGAUCGGUCGACAGCAUAUGAAAUCAUGGUUUCAACUUAAACGUAUGUGUCAACAUUAUACAAAUUCAAUUGAUUUAAAUCUUUUAUUGGAUCGUACACGUGAUGAUAAUUAUAUACUGUAUGCUGCUAUACAACAUCCACAAACAAUGAUUCUAUCAUCGGAUCAUUUUAAAGAUCAUCAAAAUAAAUUUAUUGAUUGGUAUCGAAAUAAUAAUAGUUCAAUGAUAGAUAAUGAUGACAAUGAAAUUCGACCAAAUCUUGGCUUGAUAUUUAAAAGAUGGUUAAAAUCAAGACAGAUUCGUAUUGAACAAGGUUCAAAUUUACUACAAUAUCCAAAUCAAUUUGAUAUAAAAAUUCAUUUUCAUCAUUCAAAUGAUAAUUCUGAAUCCGAAUUGCCCAUUCUACAUAUACCGGUUGUAUUAAUACCCGAUCCAUAUGAUAAUGAUGAUCAUAAAAUUGGUUGGAUUUGUGCAAUGGACAAAUUGAACAAAACUCAAUAAAAAAUAAAUAGUUUU